AUGUCGAGACGCGGGGCAAGGCUACCUCUGACUUUGACUUCCACCGCAGUAUCCUAUUACCUCAAUGCACCAUUUCUAUCGGUUUACGGCUCUAGUUCUUAUUUACAUCUUCCACUGCCUCUCAUAAUGGCAGACAGCGCAGUUGCCGCGAUCCAGCUUGUCGAUUUCACCACUCGGGUCGCUCGUCGCGUGAAGAACUCCGUGAGCAACACCGGCGAAGUACCAGAGCAUCUCCGCGAAAUCCCCCUUCACUUACCGUUAUUAAUAGCGACGUUACAACAAACCAGGCUCGAUAUUGAAAGCGAACUGUACAGCGAACAAACCUCCACUGCCCUGAAAAAACUGAUUGAUGAAUCCACGGCCGACAUUUGCAAGCUUGAAGAUGUUCUCGCCCAAACAACAAACGAUGCAAAUUCAAAACGUAAUCGAGUUCGACGCGCGAUAUCAGGAAUUAAACAUGAUAGAGAGGUCCGGAAUAUUACAUCGAGACUUCUGCGAACGAUAGACGGCUUGGUACUGCUUCGGACGGCGGCGUCGACCAAAACCCCGAAGGGUGUUCGGAUGGGGCGGCACGAAGAUUCCGGAGUCGGCUUCGACGAUAAAGCGACCGAAGCGAAGAGUACUGACGGGUAA